AGGAUUGCACUGUCUUGUUAUCGAUUUAUCGAAUGUGCAUGAAGAAUUGUAUACUUUAUUGACAACUAAAAAAAAAGAGAGUAAAUUUAAUGGAUCAAAUAUUGGCCGCCAUUCAAGAAGCCGCACUGCAGCAGCAUUUGUGCAACACAGCCGGUGGCAUGCAGCUGCCAUUUAUGCAGUUGCCAUUUCCUCUCUGCCAGCAACCGAUGAUGAAAUUCGCUGGUGGCUAUUCACAAUAUGGAAAUCCAACCCAAUCUGCACACGAUGUGUCUGAUUUAGUGGAGGAUGAGGAUGAGGACGAUGAGGAACAAAUUCGCACGCUCUUCUGCAAUAACCUGGACGAACGGGUGAGCGAAGAAAUACUCUACGAGGUGUUUCUGCAAGCGGGUCCCAUUGAAAAUGUUCGCAUUCCUUUGGACAAUGCGGGACGUCAACGGAAUUUUGGAUUUGUGACCUAUCAGCACAAGAGUGCGGUUCCCUACGCAGUGGAUCUCUAUCAGGGAUUAGAACUGUUUCAAAAGAAGCUUACAAUCAGGCAGCAAUGCGUCGAGAAACCCAAACAUCAGCAGGGCAGAUCACGUAAUCCAUUUUCACAGGAUUUUGCCACGCCGGCAGCGCAGGGAAAUGAGCAUGGAGGAGCUCCUCGUCAUGCCCGCCAUAGUAUGCAUGAUAUCAACAGUCAUUAUGCCCAAAACAAAUACAACAAUGAUCUGAGAAGGAGGAGCGAUAGCGCCGUCGUCGAUCGCAAUCGGCCGAGAGCCCAUCAACAGCAGCAGCAUAACAAUAGUGGCGGCAAUCGGAGAUCGGAUCAACGAUAUAAUCAUGGCAAACGAAGAUUAAUCUAGACUUAUUUGCUAGAUAGAUAACGUCUGCAUGCAAUAUAUACUUGUUUUUUAAGAUUUUUUAAUCCUUAAAUAGAUAUAUGUGGAUCAGCAAAACGAAGAUUACUCUACGAUGAAUAUUAUAUUUGUCAAGUAAAUGUUAGUUUGCUCGUCAAGCAUUUUAUAUUAAUUUAAUUUUGUAACAUUUAUUUGAUAAGUUCUUAAGGUAGAUAAAGAAAAUUGUUU